UCCACCAUGAGGUGUGCAAGCGGAGGUGCAUCCGCAACGGCGGUGCACCGCGGUGCAGCAGCGAUACUCCUGGUCCUGAUCUCGUCGCCUUGCAUCCAGCAAGGAUAUUCAUCCGAGAUCAAGGAUCUCCAGUCCGAGGCCGCCGAGAAGAGUCCUGAAAUCCAAAGAGAAGCGUUAAUUUUCCCUGAGGAUGACGAAGGAGGAACCAUCCAGAGGCGACAGAAGAGGCUGCCCGAGGAGGGAUCCGAGCACAUUACCAAAUUAUCCCAGGGAACGAACCUGGACCCCAUGAUGGCCUGGGAAGAAUGGACCUCGGAGAGGGCGGACACCGCUAGAAGAGAAGCCUCCAAGGACUGGUUUAAGUCGCUGAUGAACGUAGGGAAUAUCGUGAGCGGCUUACCAGGGUCGCAGGCUCCGAUUGCGCCGCCGCAACCUGCAGCUCCUGCGAUUCCUGUGAUACCUGCGGCUCCUGUGGUACCUGUGGUACCUGCGGUUCCCGCCGCUCCUGCACCGUCCACCCCGAAGAGCGGCGGGAAACUGUUGAAACUGAAGGGCAGCUCCCCACUACCACCCGUGACGCCAAGUCUACCCCUACCACCGCUGCCGCCUCAGCCAAUCACCGCGCAGCCCUCCCCACCACCGACACCCACGGACCAGUCGCAGUGCGCAACGGAGAGCUGGGGUGGGGAGACCGGUUCUACGAGCGCCAGCAGCGCCGCCAGUGCCGCUAGUGCGGCCAGCGCGGCAGGAGAGGGAAGUACCGCGGCAUCGAGUGCGGCCAGUGCCGCGGCCAGCGCCGCCAAGCGGAGGAGAAGCUACGCACAGUUGGAACCCCCGACGUUGAAUAAACGCCAUCUUGGGAAGUCGGGAGGCCUGACCUCGGCCUUGCCGCUCGCAUUUGGAAAGCACCAGGAGAGCACCCUGCCAGUGGAGCAGGUCCCGAUUUCGUUCGGCACCGAGGGAAUCUUCGACACCGUCACUUCCGGUUUCACCACUGCUGGGUUAGAAGGCUUUGGAUCGAGUCUUGGAAUCGCUACUGGUGCAGCUUCCGGCUUUGGGUCCACCGCAGCUUCCAGUGCAGCGGCGAGUACCGCUGUUACGAGUCCGUGUCCGCAUCAACCUCCACCGCCACCACCGCCACCACCGCCACCACCGCCACCUCCACCGUGUAGCGAACCUCCACCACCUCCGCCACCUCCGCCACCUCCACCACCUCCGCCGCCUCCACCGCCUCCACCUCCAUGCGACUCCGAUGGAGGAUCCUACGAAGACGGCGGCGGUUCCCAGGUCGACAAGAUGGAGAGCGUGGUCCAGGAGUUCAAGAUGCUGAUGCACUGCGUGGCCACAACUAUCUCCAACCUCCGCAAGACCUUCGGAGGUAGCGUUGGUCUGCCCGGUUCCGACUCCACCGAUAUCACGAACCUCGCCGACAUCACGGACAUCUCCGACUUGGCUGCGCUUUCCAAUAUCUUUAACUACGAGCCUGACGUCCUGCAGAACAUCCUGAAGGGAUCGAAGGAGCUCCUCCACGCCGGAAAGAACAAGGGCUCUGGACUGGGCAGAAAGGGCGGAAAGGGUCUGGGUUCUGGAGACUCCUCCCCCGGUCCUCAGGAUUUUGGAGCAGGUCCUCAAGGACCAGCUUACGACGUAGGGACGUCGCCGGGGUCGUCCUUGCCAUCGCCCAUAUCGCUGGUUUCCGGAGGCUUGCCUUCUUUAGCUUCCCCAGGGUCGCUUUUGUCCGGAGGAUUGCCGUCCUUACCUUCUCUAUCUUCACCAGUGUCGCUGAUACCUGGAGGACUGCCGUCCUUGCCUUCCCUGGGAUCUGGACCAGGAUCUCCAUUGUCUGGAUCUUUGUUAGGCUCCAAGCCGAAACUUUCCCUUCUAAGUCCUUCUUCAGGGUCCCGACCGUUCGCUCCUGGCUUGUCCCCGCUUCCCCUGGGACCUGGACCAGUUCUCCAGGGUCCUGGACCAGUGCUGCAGAGUCCUGGACCGGUCUCCUACUCUCCUGGACCCCUGAACUAUGGCUCGCCAUCCUUCUCUCCAUACGGCCCUACGACCAUCCAGCUGGCGCCAUCACCAUCCUUGGGAUCAGCAUACAGUCCUCGAUUUGGAUCCCGAUUGCCUCGACCUAGACUCUCGAUUUUACGACCUGGAUCUGGACCUGGACAAGUUCCUUCCGGGCAGUUCACCGUCCUUGAAAAGCAGAUCACCGUGCCGAGCAGCAACCUGGUCACAGCUGGAACUUACACGAUUUCGCCCUCUUCGGGGGGAGCCCCGCUGACGGGGGCGUACAUCAUCACCAGGGUGGUCUACCUGAACGGUCGAGGUGGUCCUCAGGAGACCGAGAAGACGGGCACGUACAUAUCCAACAGUGGAGAGAGAGGAUUCUUCACCGUCAGGGAAAUUCAGGUUCCGGUAGUGGACUCAUCCGGAAGGCAGAACGUGGCCAUCACGGGCACCAUCACCGUCAGGCCCGCAGGUCGAGGAAUUCCCAUCAGGGCUGUGUACCAGGUGCUCACCAUAAGUCGAUUGACCUACCCUGACGGCUCGGAGGACGUGGAGAAGUCCGGUCAAUUUUUCGCCAUUUUUGCGGACUCUGGAUCUCCAGGAUCUGUCCAGUACGAGGUGCCCACCGAGUCGCUGUCGCCGGAGGAUUACGUGAAAUUAGCGAGGGAACUAUUGCAAGCCUUGAGGAGGGUCUCACCUGCGGUUGACACCUGCCAGGGUGGCCUGGACUUUGUUCAAGGACCUUCCUUCCAGUCUACGUUCGUCAGCCUCCCCAGCUCGCCGGUUGGAGUGACCUCGAGCCUGCAGAAUAUUCCCGUCUACGUGAUCAACUCAUCGCCAGUUUCGAGUUCACUGUUGGAGUUGCCGUCUUCGAAGUCGAGUGGAGGGUUGCAUGAUUUGUUGGGGUCUUCUAGAUUGUCACACCUGAGGGGUAGCUCGGCGAGCAGCUCGGCUGGAGCUGCAGCUUCAGCUGGAGGGGCGUCGUCGGCCAGCUCUUCGGCGGCCUCUUCGGCGGCCUCUUCUACUUCUGCAGGGUAUCCGAGUCCUGGUGGACAUGGACAUCUUAGGAAAGGAUCGGGGCAGCCGUUAAUUCCUGCUGGAGGGUACCCUGGAUCUCAGUCUUACCCAAGUGGUGCCGGAGAGUAUCCGAGCACGGGAUCUGGAGGAUAUCCAGGGUCAGGAUUUGGCCCGUACCCUGGACCUGGAUCGUACCCAGGAUCUGGAACAUACCCAGGAUCAGGAUCUGGAUCGUACCCAGGAUCUGGAUCAUUCCCAGGAUCAGGACCUGGACCGUACCCUGGAUCUGGAUCAUACCCGGGAUCAGGUCCUGGCUCGUACCCUGGAUCUGGAUCAUUCCCAGGAUCAGGACCUGGAUCGUACCCUGGAUCUGGAUCAUACCCGGGAUCAGGUCCUGGAUCGUACCCUGGAUCUGGAUCAUAUCCAAGCUCAGGACCUGGAUCGUAUCCAGGAUCAGGACCUGGAUCGUACCCAGGAUCAGGACCUGGAUCGUAUCCAGGAACAGGACCUGGAUCGUACCCUGGAUCUGGAUCAUUCCCAGGAUCAGGAUCUGGCUCUUCAUCUCCUGGAUCUUCACCGAAUCCUAAAAGAAUAGAACAGUUUAUUUCAACGAUCACUCCACUUCUCGCCGCAAUGCCGACCGCGCUUCCUUCCCUGCCAUCGGUGCCUCUAAGCGCUCCUUUCCUGACCCCCUCGUCUCCUGGUGGAUCGUCUUCAGGAUUUGGAAGCAGUGCACCAGCAUCAGGGGAAUCUGCGCCGCAACUGCAACUGCCAAUAUCGUUGCCGAUACCCUUGCCAUUCCCGCUGCCGUAUCCAGGAUCAGGACGCCCUGAAGAAUCAUCAUCGUCAUCCUCUGCAUCGUCUGCUUCGAGUUCAUCCUCUGACUAUUCGGGUACUUACCCAGGGUCAGGAUCCCCGAGUGGGUCGGCAUCGUCCUCGGCAUCUUCUUCGAGUUCUUCUGCCUCCAACUAUCAAGGAUCUUAUCCGGAACCGCCUUGCUCCGGACCGGGAUCUUCAGGAUCGAGUGGAUCGUCCGCAUCUUCGUCUGCAUCUGCAGGCUCGAGCUCAUCUUACCCAGGAUCUGGACCUUCCUAUCCAGGAGGAAGCUACCCAGGAACUUCAGGAUCCUCUUCGUCGUCGUCUGCAGCCGCCUCUUCGAGCUCUUCCGCUUCCUAUCCAGGAUCCGCCCCGAGUGCUCCUUACCCUGGACCUUCUGGUGGAUCUUCCUCCUCGGCAUCCGCUUCGGCAUCUUCCAGCGUCCAGGGCUCUUACGACGACGUGGUGGAAGGGUCGUACUCUCCUUAUGGACCAACCUCUGGCUCUUCGGCAUCGUCUUCGGCAUCCGCCAGUGCGUCAUCCUCCGGGUACCAAGGAUAUCCUCAGGGUCCUACAUACCCGCAACCAGGUUCGUCCGGUGGCUCGUCAGCUUCUUCGGCUGCUUCUUCCAGUGCGGCAUCUUCUGGAUAUUCCGGUUCUCUUGAAAUCUCCGGUCCAUCGGCGCCAUCGCAGGGCUCUUCGGCAUCGUCGGCAGCUUCGGCUUCCGCGGCUGCGAGCUCCUCAGGGUUUGAGGGGUCAUACCCAGGACCCCAAGGAGGAUCUGGCGCGUCUUCGUCCUCUUCGGCUUCGGCAUCCUCUUCGGCGUCGUCCUAUGGAGGUGGAAGUUCCGUGCCAUGCGGACCACCUCCACCUCCGCCACCUCCUCCACCACCGCCUCCUCCACCACCACCUCCUCCACCACCACCACCCCCUGAACCACCCAUUAUCCCAGGCAAGCCAGGAUUCCCGGGAUUCCCAGGCAAACCAGGAUUCCCGGGACACCCAGGCAAACCAGGAUUCCCGGGACUCCCAGGCAAACCAGGAUUCCCGGGAUUCCCUCACAUCCCAGGAAUACCUGGACUACCAGGACUUCCUGGUAAGCCCGGUUUCCCAGGUCUUCCUAAUAUUCCUGGCAAACCUGGGUUCCCAGGUCUUCCAAAUAUCCCUGGCUUGCCAGGUUUCCCGAACAUUCCUGGAGUCCCUGGAGUCCCUGGAGUUCCUGGAGUCCCCGGAGUCCCCGGAGUCCCUGGAAUCCCCGGAAUCCCUGGAAUCCCUGGAUUCCCUGGCAUCCCCAGUAUCCCCGGUAUCCCAGAAAUUCCUGGAAUUCCCAGCAUUCCUAGCAUCCCUGAAAUUCCUGGCAUUCCUAGUAUCCCCGGCAUCCCGCAAAUUCCUGGCUCUGGUUCUGGUUCUUCCUCCUCCUCCUCGAGCAGUGCCUCCGCUUCUUCAUCGUCGGGGUCCUCGACCUCGCCGGUCUUCGGCUUCCUCCUGGACUCCAUAGCGUCGUCGGCGGCUGCAGCCUCUUCGGCGGCAUCGUCGGCAUCUUCGGCGUUGAAUAAUCUAUCAAGUUCUGGUUCCGCGGCGCAGGGUUCGUCUCAAUCUGCACCUCGACCUGCCCCUCAACCUGCACCUCAACCUGCACCUGUGGGUGGACCUCCGUCUCUGCCUCCACACCGACCUCCUUACCUGCCUCAUCAUCCUCCUCAUCAUCCUCCUCACCUUCCACAUUUCCCAUUACCUGGACCUCUCCCGAUAUCUCCCUUACCUCUGCCUGCACCUGUACCCCUACCUGCACCUCUACCUGCACCUGCACCCCUACCUGUACCUCUACCCCUACCUCCACCUCGACCUUACCCUCUACCUUCACCAUCUCCACCCGUCAGCCCCGGCUCGUCGCACGGCCACAAACAUUUCGGAGGCAUUAAAGGAUCUUCCGCACCCAGUGGUCCAGCCUUCCAGUACACCUUACAGUAUCCUUCCUCCCAGCUACCCGGAGGUCAGAACUACUACCUUCUUCAGCAAUCAUCCGUAGGAAUGAGCCCGGCUACCACCUACACCGGCACCUACGUUCCGACCUCCUACCAAGUUGGGUCUUCCAGCUUUAGUGGAGCAUCAAGUGGAAGCCUCAGCCGGCCCUGCUCGUGCGGUGCAUAAGGGAUAGAUGAAAAUUGCUGACCUCUCUUGGAAACGGUACCAGAGGAAUAUUCACAAGCCUCGACCCUGAAGUCGAUGCCGAAGAACCGCCUCUUGGUACCGCAGAACCUCUGCUCGUCCUGCAAGGGCUGAAGAUGACGUCACUUCUUCGGCCCGAAAGACUUCCUUGUCCGGGAACGCGACGAAGCCACCGAUAUGCUGCACCUAAUGGUCAUCGUCUCACCGUCAUUAUUUAAAUAUUUAUUUAUUCCGCGAGGUGGAUACCUUCUCUUUCUCUUUGAAUCGGCAUCUUUGCGGUUCGUCACUUUUGGUGUGGUCGGGAAUUUCGUGCAUCGCCAUUGCGUUUGGGGUUGGAUGGGGAUGCGGACACGGCGUGUCCAGGAUGCGUUCUAUGCAUCUUCGGGGUUCUUCUCUUACGAGAUCAGACUGUAUUUAAUCAACCGGGGUUCCAUUUUGGGCGAUCUGGUAGAGCUUAGACCUAGUCGCGUUCCUCUGUAAAUAGUUAUAAUUAUUAGCAACGAAUGUAGUAGGUUAUCAUAGAUUGUAUAUAGUAGGCCCAGAGAUACUGGGAAUUAGUAUUAAUAAAGAGCUGACUUUUAAUGAA